GCCAUUUUGUGGUGUCGUAGUCGAGUUGAAUGUUCUUCAUCAAUUUUCGUCUAUUUUACAUGGAAGUAUUACUUUUUGUUGUGAUUUGAAAAGUAUUCAAAAGUAAACAAUUAAAAUUUUUCAAAGUUGUUUUAUUGCCGCAUAAAAUAUGGAGCAGGACGUUGAUAAUGACUACAGGACGGUGUGCAGCACAUGCUUGAGCAGCGACCGCGAUCUAUUUUCGCUGAAUGAUAUGCCUCAAAUACACCACAUAUUUUGUUUGCUGAUGACCGAUUUCGCGGGCGACAGGUACGGAGAUCCAGACCCAAUGUUGGAAGUGUCUCAGUAUGUCUGCUGGGAAUGCGUUGCACACAUGAAGCGCUUCUCAAAGUUCAAGAAUCAGGUCCAGAACGCACAGGAUCACCUCCGUGUGCUUGCUAUGAGCAGGUCGCAAGAGAGCAUGGACCACACAUACAUGUCCCAAUCUCUAUCGUGUCUGGAAGUCAGCACCAAAUGUGAUUACGACAAGAUAUACUUCGACUACGCACAGGAACCCUGGCCCAAUGAGAGCAUACUCCCUGUGGUGGAAGCGGUCAAGAGCGAGGAUCAUGACAUCUGGCGGAACAACAUCAAUUUGAACAUCGACACUCAGAUUUUAGAAGUACCAGAGAUCGUUUUAGAGAAUCCAGUGACCGGUGUGAUGUCACACAUAGUUGUCAACACAGAUGCUCUAAUAGCACCUUCAGCAACGUACACCGAAGUGAAAGACAUUGCCAACUUGGAAACACCGGUCAUAGAAGUGAAGCCACAGAAGAAGAGUGACCCGAAGUGCAGCUAUACUACGGACUACAUGUCGGAAACUGAAAUGCUGGAACUAAGAGAGGAAUCGAAGCAGAAACUCCAGUAUGCCAGUUCGGUGUACAAGUGCGAACUUUGUAUAAUCGGUUUCUACACACAACAGCAAGUCGAGGACCAUUUCGUCAGCGACCACAGAGCUAAACCCGGCAAGUCCUGCUGCAAAGUGUGCUACGUGUACAUAGACGAUGCAUCGCUAGCGGAGCACACUGCGUCGCACUAUGCGCGGUACACUUGCAAGCUGUGCGCUCACACUUGUCAUAGCGUCAAACAGAUGACGCUACACUCCAAUAUGCAUGCGGGGAAAACGCUCAGAGGCGUCAUUGGCAUCACUAAAACUAAGGACAAAAAAACUAAAACAGAAGAAAGCAAACCGCCGCCGAAAGCGGGAGACCUCAGAAAACUACUCUCCAAAACUACUAUAGAAGGCUACCAGUGCCUUGAGUGCGACAUGUUUUUCAAGAAUUCUAGGGCAAGGAAAAACCACGUGGCACGUUUCCAUAGAGAGGGGCUGCAGUGCGACCAUUGUAAGAAGAGAUUUGUCAACCGAACCACACUCACUACGCAUCUAAAACUCCACGAAGGCCCGCUACCUCGCAAGGAGUGCCACAUCUGUCACAAAAUGGUGCGGGUCAUCCAACUCAAGUACCACGUCCAGAGGCACGAAAAUAAGAAUAGAUACGAGUGUUCCGACUGCAAUAAAGUGUUCUCUCAUCUCGCUACGUACCAAGCGCAUCUGAAAUACAGCCGCGCGCACGCGUCCGAAGAUGUGUUCAAGUUUCCCUGUCCAAUGUGCAACAAGGGCUAUCCAACCAAAGAAGCAAUGCAGGACCACUUCAACUACCAACACCUGGGCAAGACGGCCCAUAAGUGUCCCGUGUGUGAAAAGCCGCUAGCGUCUCGGGCGAACGUAGAAAAACACAUGAUGCGGGUACACGGAAAGAAGAAAGAGAAACCACGGAACCACGUCUGCCAUGUUUGCAAGAAAGGGUUCACGGACAAAAAGGCACUAAACCAGCAUCUGGUGAUACAUUCAGGCGACAGGCCGCUCGCGUGCGAUGUCUGCCAGCAAACGUUCAAACACAAAGCUUCUUUGUACACACACAGAAAACGCGUGCACAAAGUGUUCCCUACUCGUCCUGCUAUAGAAUACAUGGAAACCAAACCUCAACAGGCCACAUGACCCACGGAGAAUGAGCCAGACUUGGUCUUCGAACUAGAUAUUUUAUGAUCACCUCAACACCCAGUACCUCUAGCAUGAACAACUUUCGUCUUCGAAUCGUUUGCG